AUGGCGGACGCGCUCUCGAUCGAGCAGAACAAUAAAAUUCGCGCGGCUCUCGGGCUUAAACCGCUCCCCGUUCCUGGUGCCGACGCCACAACCGAUUCAACGUCCAAGGAGCCUUCUUCUGGAGAAGAUGAAGCCGGCAGUACGCUAGAAUCUCGUCAUGCCAAGGCCUCUGAAAACUGGCAAAAGUUACAAGCGGAGGCUGAGGCGAAACGAAAACGAGAGGAGAGGCAUGCCGCGAUCAAGAAAGCACGCGAUCAAGCGCGGUUGAAUGCGAAGCUGGAGGGGAAGAGUCUUGGAGAGAUGGAUGGCGCAGACCUCGAUACGAAGUCCUGGCUGGCUCAACAUAAGAAGCUGCAGAAGAAAGUCGAGAAAGAGCGUGCCCGUAAACUUGCUGAGGAGCUGGCGGAGCGAGAGCGGGAGGCCGAACACACAGCAGCGGAUCUAGCGGGCGUUAAGGUUGCGCAUGAUCUGGGCGAUUUUGAAGAAGGUAGUGAGCAGAUCCUCACGCUCAAAGAUACAACGGUCGAUCAGAACGAAGAGGAAGGCGAUGAGUUGGAGAAUAUUGAGCUCAGGGAAAAGGAGAAACUGAGGGAGAAGUUGGAACUGAAGAAGAAGAGGACGCCUUAUGAUCCCACCGAAGAUGAUGGCACCGGCACAAUCCUGGCCCAAUAUGACGAGGAAAUCGAGGGAAAGAAGCGAAAGCAUUUUGUCCUCGACGCCCAGGGCUCGACCUCUGAAGAGCGAGAGGCUAAGCGACAGAAUGUCUCUGACGUAUCUACGGGCAAGAAGCAGCUUGUCAGCCUCGACAUUGCGCCGGAGGCACCGGUGUCUGACUACAUGGACAUAAGCGAGGUUAAAAUUAAGAAACCCAAGAAGAAGAAGGCCAAGUCUACGAGGCAGAAGGCGGCAGACGAGGACGAUAUUUUCCCGACCAUUGAGUCUACAGAUGCACCUAAUGGAGAUUCCAUGGAGGUGGACGGUGGCCCAUCAAACGGUGACCUACCCGCUCCACAGAAGAAAAAGAGCGAAGACACAUCCUUCGUCGACGACGAAGACCUACAGGCCUCUCUUGCGAUGCAGAGGCGGGCGGCUUUCAAGAAACGCAAGAAGGUCCGUCCUGAAGAUAUUGCUCGGCAGCUACGGGAAGAAGAGUCGCAAACACCGAUGGAAGUCGAAAAUGGCGAGGACGCUGAAGAAGCGCCCGGGUUAAUUAUCGAUGAGACGUCGGAGUUUGUUUCCAAUCUACAGAAGCCGACGAUCCCGGAAAGGAGAGAAGAGCGACGAUCUGUUCCGCCGGGCGAGGAGAGGGGUGCUAAGCAAGAGUCGCCAGACGAGGAGGCUGGUCAAGAUGUCGAUAUGGAACGUUCAGACAACGAGGAGGAAGACGAGGAGGAAUUGAGGGAGCGGAUAAAGAAGGAAGAAUCGGUAGAAUUGCCGCAGAUCAGCGGGACUGGGUUGGAAGAGGAAAAAACCAUCGAUCAGGGUCUCGGUUCUACUCUGGCCAUGCUCAAGCAACGCGGCCUUGUCAAAGAGACCGAUGCUGCGGAGAAGAACGCGCUCUACCGCGAGCGACAGCGCUUCCUUCAGGAGAAGCAUCGUCUCGAGGCGGAGGCAGAGAGGCGUGCUCGACAGCAGCGUGAACGGGACCGCGCGACCGGCAAGCUCGACCGCAUGUCCGCUCGGGAACGAGAGGAGUACGCACGCUGGGAGAACAAGCAGCGUGACCAGCAAGAAUCGCGGCAGCUGGCAGAAAUCUUCAAUCGCGAGUACAAGCCUGACAUACAACUCAAAUACGUGGAUGAGUUUGGUCGCCAUAUGAACCAGAAGGAGGCGUUCAAACACCUGAGUCACCAGUUCCACGGCAAGGGCAGCGGAAAGAUGAAGACGGAGAAGCAUCUGAAGAAGAUCGAGGAAGAGAAGAAGCGCGAGGCCAUGAGUGCGCUCGAUAGCAGUCAGCAUACUGGCAUGAACAACGCGAUGGGCGCUGCGGCUAAGAAGAACCGCCAGGCCGGUAUAGACGAAUCGUGCAUGCCAUCGGAUUGUCUUGGACUCUUUGUUCUUCGCCGGACCGUUAAUCAGCAGGCAUUCGGUCCGAGGCUCCACCAGCGAAAGAUUAGUGGGUUAGUUGGCACUUCGAGCUACCUUGUUUACAUGGUAGGGAUCGCCAUCCUGCCCAGUUCCCAGAGAUGA